AUGAAGACGCUACAAACGAUCGGCAAUGCUGUUCGUAAAGCCCUCGGGAGGGCCACAGACUGCGAGAUCACCGACUACUCCCUCAGAGAAGAGCAUAACAUCCGAGAGAAUGCUCAAGGAUGCCUAACCUCGAACCUGGAGGACCCAUUACACCCCACCGAAGUUGUGGUUCCGAUGACAGUCAUCGCAGACGAUGGUAAUUAUACAUCAUCUGAAGAGGCAAAGGCAAAACUACUGUCCCGUGCCACUGAAAUCAUGAAUGAAGACGCUCGUCGAAGGUUUUGUUUCGGGGUCACUUGUGAACGGUCUGAAGUCACUCUGUGGCGCUUCUCCAGGUCCAUCGUCGUCAAGUCCACGCCUUUUGACAUGACCGAGCAACCAGACCUCUUGCUUCGCCUGUUCGUCGCUCUGUUCACAGCCCCGCCACACCAGCUAGGAUACGACCCUCUGGUUACCCUGCUCCCCGAUCGCAACUACGUCUAUCAUAUUCCAUCUGAUAGUUCUACAACCCCGCUCUACUUUAAAACGGUCCAUCCGAUCUGGGACGUCAAACCGACCUGCCUUGCUGGACGCCGCACGCGUAUUUGGGAAGUCGAGCAGGUCCUCUCACCGUCUGAUCCGACUCGAGUUCCGGGCACACCUAACCGGGCUUUGAAGGACGUCUUCCUGAAUUCGGACACGAGGACCGAAUCCGAUAUCCAGGAAGAACUGUUCGCUGAUAUCGCGAAGUUUGGCCGGCACAAGAACUGGCGUUCUCGACCUCUGCUGAAGGAUUUCGCCCAAACCGACCUGGAAGGGCUGGCGGAGGCAUUGGAAGGGGACCUAUUUAAGCAAUACUUUUCGCGCAUAGUCGCGAAGCACGUCGGGGAAGGCGAUGUGCCUGCCCUGGUCAAUCCAACCGCGCCUCCGCCGAAGCGCCGUUGUCUCUUCCUGUACGAGCAUGUUUGCACGGCACUGAACAACAUCCCUACACUUGGUGAAGCGGUCGACAUCCUCAAAUCGACUCUCAUCCCUUUGCGUCUGAUGUUCUGCGCGGGCUGGGUUCAUCGAGACGUCAUCAAAUUAUCGGACCUCGAGCAUGCGAAACGGUUCCCUGACCCUUUAUCCAGUGGAGGUGAUCAAACCACGGGAACCCCUUAUUUUAUCGCGUACGAAGUCCUUGACGGACGACACCUCUUCCCCACGGGGAUUGACCUUGCUCGCAUUGACCCCAGCCAACUAGCCCCCCCUUAUCCCAUCGUACCUGUCCUUCACAGCUACCAGCACGACUUGGAGUCGAUCUGGUGGAUACUUCUCUGGCUUACGACCAUGCGGGUCAAUCAAAACCUGCCGAGACGGUUCGGGCGACUGUACUUCCAGCACAGCGUCGAUCAGCAGUACGCCCGAGCGAGGGCCCUUCUACUCAUGGACACGCUCUCAUACAAGCCCGACAUGAAGGAAUCCCUCCCUCCAGCCUUACGAACUUCGUCGUUCUACAAUCGCCUGGACAUGCUACGCCACAACCUCUACGCUGUAUACCUAAACCGCAACAAGGAGGGGAAAUUCAGUGACAUGGAUACUUACUCGUGGAUCAUCAGUGAGGGAAUGCGCAACUUCUUCGAUGGUGUCGACGGCUCUAGGCAACAGUGGGGUAAUAUUGAGCUUAUGGUCGACACUCAGCCACGAAGCUUGGGCGUCGGAGCCAUCGGCUGCGGCCUCGUAGAAGCGCCCUCGCCCUCCAACCAACCAACCACGGACAAUGUGAUAAAGACGCGUAACCGUGAUGAGUUGGAUGAAGACAACCGAGUGCUCCAAGAGAAUGAGGCCUAUUCGAGCGCGGGAGACAGCCAUGUUCACGCAGAGGAGUGGAGCGACGACUAG